AUGAAAUCCGAAUUAAAUGAUUUUAGGAAAGAGAUAAUGUCCUUUCUUACUGAAUUCAAAACAUCGCAAGAGAAGAAUAUUAAAAAAACACAUGAUGAAGUAUCGUCAUUAAAGGAACAACUAUGUAAUCUAAAACAUAUUUCAGAUAUUCUUUCUCAGGACCAAGUAACUAUUAAAGAUACUUUAACUUCUAUACACGCAGCUCAACAGGAUACGGCAAACACAAUUACCGAAAUGCAAACCUCCUUGGAAUUCUCAUCCAAGCGCAUCGAUACCCUACAGGAACGUGCAAAUUGUUAG